AUGCACUCAUCUCCAAGUUAUCCUCAAUAAUUAGAUUCAAAUUAAGGUUUGAAAUUAAUUGAUAAAUAUGAAAUGAAAUAAAUUAUUGCAAAAGACGCGAAUUACAUAAAGAUUUAAUAGUUGGUUAAUGAUGAUGAUUUUUAGAAUAAAAUUUAUCAUUUAGAUGAAGCUCUAGAAUAAUCAAAAUAUGGGAAUUAUAAUUUAAAAAUUAGUGAAACUUAAGGGUAUAGAUAUUAUAACAAUAACAUAAAAUCGGAAGUGAAGAAAAUAUUAGUAUAAUUUCCCUAUCUUAUAGAUGUAAGAGGUGAUGAUAAUUGCUUUUAUAGGUCUGUAAUAUUGAGUUUUCUUUUGCAAUUAUUUAAGCCUAAUGAAAUUUAAAUGUAUCCAGAAUUUUAAAUAAAAGCAAUUCAGAGGUUGAUCCGUUAAGUUGAAAAUCUAGAAAACUGUAUUAAAAAAAAUGAAAUGAACUUACCUUACAAAAUUUAAAACACACAAAUAAUAGACUUAAAAAACUUAUUUUUGAAUCAUAUUAAUGGAUUUUUAGAGGAAUUCUUUACAGGAAAAAAUAUAUUAGAUAGUAUAAUAGAAACUUUAAAUAUCUCUAAUCACUUUGAUUUUUCAUGUGUUAUAAUUUGCAGAUACAUGAUAUUUAAACAGUUUUUAUUGCACAAAUCAAAUCCAUCGCUGAAUCAAUUUAGGGACUAAGAUGUUAUAAACCAUAUUCAUCAGUUGUUAUUAAGCUAUGGAACCCAGGCAGAAGAUAUGAUCAUCAAACUUGCUGCUGAAGCUUUCUAGUGCAAUUUAAUAGUUUAGAAUCUGUAUAAUGAAGGAUCAAAUAUUAUAAAUAGUUAGCUAAUAUUUUAACCUUUAUCUUAGUAGAGUUAAAUAAUUUUAAAUGUACCUGUACUCUACACCAAUGGGCAUUAUAUGUGCUUAGUUGAUUAAGACAUUUUAAAGAAAGGACCAAUCCUUUAAGAAAAUGUUUUAUCUCAAAAACCAAUGAACUAUUUGGAGGAAUCUAAAUAAUAAAGUUAAAAAUGUUAUAAUUACUUUCCUAAGAGCUAAGAUGAAAUGAAAGAUAUUUUCUAAAAUUAAUGUUUAAAAAAUAAUGAAAAAAAGAUAAAUUUUUAUAAGAAAAAUGAUUAUUGCUUUUCUCCACAUUCAAAUGGAAAAUAAAAUACACCAAAAUAUAAACUAAAGAAUAUAAAAUAUAAAGAAUUUACUUUCAUGAUUUGCACUGAAUGUUAAGAAUAAAUUUAAAAAGAAAAAUAAUAGUUAUAAGAAAAAUCCAUUAAUUAUUUUUAUUUAGAAGAUUUUAAAGUAGUCCUCGAAUAUAAUUCUUUAAUAAAUUGA